CUUACCGCAAUGAUUAAAAUUCCUUUUGCGCUGGUCUGGCGCUACAGAAGACUUUUUACCUGUCGGAUCCUUAAAAUUUUCAUCGAAUAUGGGAUUCGUUAAAGUUGUAAAGAAUAAGCAGUACUUUAAAAGGUACCAAGUGAAAUUUAAGAGGCGUCGUGAAGGAAAAACAGACUACUAUGCUAGAAAACGACUUACCAUUCAGGAUAAAAAUAAAUACAACACUCCAAAGUACAGAUUAAUCGUUCGACUUUCUAACAAGGAUAUUACGUGUCAGGUUGCCUACUCUAGGAUCGAAGGCGAUAAGAUUGUAUGCGCUGCAUACAGCCACGAGCUUGAAAGAUAUGGAAUCAAAGUUGGUCUUACCAAUUAUGCGUCCGCUUAUUGCACGGGACUUCUCCUUGCUAGAAGAUUACUCAAAAACUUGGGUCUAGACAAACUGUACACUGGAAUAGUCGAAGCUACCGGUGGUAGUUAUAACGUUGAAGAGGUAGAUAAGGGCCCAGCGGCGUUCAAGUGUUAUUUAGAUACUGGCCUCAUGCGUACAACCACAGGUGCCAGAAUUUUUGGUGCCAUGAAAGGGGCGAUCGAUGGAGGACUCAACAUUCCUCACAAUCUAAAAAGAUUCCCUGGUUACAAUAACGAGACCAAGACUCUUAAUGCCGGUGUACAUCGUCAGCAUAUUUUUGCUCAACAUGUUGCCAAUUAUAUGCGUACAUUAGAAGAAGAAGACGAUGAAGCAUAUAAACGUCAGUUUUCACAGUACAUCAAAAAUGGCAUCAGUGCUGAUAAUAUUGAGACGAUGUACAAAAAGGCUCACGAAUUGAUUCGUGCUAAUCCAGAUGCUGUUAAAACUGAAAAGAAAGAACCAACAAAGAAGAAGAGGUGGAACAAAGCAAAACUCUCCCUCUCCGAGCGGAAGAAUCGCGUCGAACAAAAGAAAGCAUCCUUCCUCAAAACACUCAAAGCAGUCGAAGCAUAAACAUUUUUAUCUGUCUCUUAUUCUGUACUUUAAGACAUAUAUUACACUUUGAUUUGUGUUUUUUUUUUGUAACAUCCAUGUAUUUUCUAAAUGUAUAUGGGUGCAUUAAUAU